AUGGACUCACAACCGACCCCGCGCGCCACGGCACCGUACCUCGACAGCUACGUCGGCCGCAACGUGACUAUUGUCGGCAAGGUUGUCCAGCUGCGCGGGGAGGUGGCCCUCAUUGACGCGGACGGCAACAUUACUGCGCAUCUGAAUCGUGAAGCCCACCUCUCGCCAGGCUCGGCAGCUCAGAUCAUCGGCAAGGUCAAUCCUGAUCUCUCCGUCCGAGUGUUGAGUGCCAUGGACUUGGGAAACGGGGUUGAUUUCGCACUCUGUCAGCAGCUGGUCGAGGUCUCGCAGCGCUAUAAGCACCUCUUCGACAACGUGGCGGUCAACUGA